CCAAAAAAUAAUAGAAUGACAAUGUACAGUGCAAAGACAGUUUCUGAAAAGUAUCUUGUGGAUCAGUUUGCUUGAAACUGAUGCAGGUUUAGCUAUGUUUCGUGCAGGUGGGAGACGCCAUUUGGCUCUCCUUACUACGAAUCUUGGACGUCGAUCAGCGUCUGGGGAAGCAGCGAAAGCCCCGCUACCGGAUUUCGACACAGAUGUGAAUAUUCAUGAGCAUAAGCUACGUCGACCCGCAGUACCACAGGGCAGCUGGUCAGGACUGGACGGGUUGAAGCAGAGAACACAGGGAUCUCUCAUACCGGAGACUCUAAAGGGCAUGGCUGAGGAUAAAGAUUUCCAAGUCACUGCUGAGCAGCUCCGUAAGAUGGGUCAGGUGAAGCUCACACGCGAGGAAAGAAAAAGGCGACAGCGAGCUCUCGACCAGUACGAUGUGCCGGCUUUUGAGCAGAUUGUGGAGGAUAAAUGUGGACAGAAUCAGUUAGUGAGACGGCCUGCACGCAUUCUCCAAUUGAACAUCGGACUUUACUGCAACCAGGCAUGCAAUCAUUGUCAUGUGGAAUCCUCGCCGCGCCGAAAGGAGAUGAUGUCACGCAGCGUGGCCGACCGCUGCCUGGAGUUGCUCAGCCAGUGCUCGAGUGUGACGACCCUAGACUUGACUGGCGGAGCGCCGGAGCUGUGCGACGAGUUUCGCUACUUGGCCAAGCGCGGCCGCGAGAUGGGCAAGAUCGUGAUCGACCGCUGCAACUUGACGGCUUUGCUGGAGCCAGGGCAGGAGGACCUGGCCGAGUUUUUGGCCAGCAAUCAGGUUCAGGUGGUCGCCUCGCUGCCCUGCUACAGUGCUAAGAAUGUGAACACGCAGCGUGGCAGUGGGGUGUUUGACAAAAGCAUUGCUGCACUGCUCAAGCUGAACGAGGUAGGCUACGGCCAUCCCGACUCUGGCCUCACUCUUGACCUGGUCUACAACCCCCUGGGUGCCUUCCUGCCACCAGAGCAAGCCUCACUGGAGGAGAAGUAUCGCCAGGAACUGCUAGAGACGUUUGGCAUUGUCUUCAAUCACCUCUUCACCAUCACCAACAUGCCCAUCAAGCGGUUUGCAGACUUCUUAUAUCGUCGGAAUGAACUGGAAGAGUACAUGAACGUGUUGGUGCGGAACUUCAACCCGGAGACUGUGGAGAAUCUGAUGUGCCGUGACCAUGUGUCCAUCGGCUAUGAUGGCAAGGUGUUUGACUGCGACUUCAACCAGCAGUUGCAGAUUGGUGUGAUGCCGAACGAGGAUGGAUCCCCCAGUGGUGUUGACGUGUUCUCCCUGCAGUCACUGGACAGCCUGACGGCACUGCGCAGCAACACGGAUAACCAUUGCUUCGGCUGCACUGCGGGAAUGGGCUCCAGCUGACAGGGAGCAUUGGCGUAGAGCAGCUUGAGAACAUUCCGCUGCUACUAUGCCCAGUGCACAGGCGCUGUUUGUAGCUGGGCUGUAUGCUGUCUUCGCGUCGUGACGUUCCGCACGCUAAAGCCUUUCUUUGUAGGCGGCGGUGGAGCUGAUAUCCGAUGGCAGUGCCCGAUAGCACUAUUGCCUGGCAACCCAUUGUAAAGUGUGAAACCCCACCCAACGCACUCUCAGAUGUGACGCAUUCUCUGUUUUGUAUGCCUCGCUCUGUGUGAUGGUAACCCGCGGUUGUUUUAUGAUGGGGUGUGUAAAUACUAAAUCCCAUAGCUCUAGCUGUACAUACACUGUACUAUUAUUAGGCAUGACUUUCCUUUAGUUAGCCAGGUCACAUGACCAAGCUUAGGACAUCCCCAAGUGUAGACAUUGUAUGCAAUCUCACUUUUUCUUGUGGUUUUGACUCAGCACAAGUAUAAUGCCUUACACACAGCACAUGUACCGCUUAAUUUACCCUCCCCCUCCCCUCCCCUCCAUCUUAUUUUUACAUUCUACACCAGCUGGUUGGUUCUGCACACUUUGUUUACCUGGAGGUGUCUAAAUUUGCUCUGCCGUGUUUUGGACUUUUUUGUUCUGCUACUUGGAAGUAGGAUAUGAAGAAUUGCUUCAUACUCCUACGUUUUGUCAUACCGGCAUUUAUUUUUCCUGAUUUGCAGGCUUUUCACCCGUUUUUCUUUCAUUCGUUUUAUUAGAUUGAUCUUCCAAAGAGGUUAUCUAUUCUUUUUUUAAAUAUUUUCAUUGUGCUUCAAGCUGGCCUUGGACCUGUUUAUCUACUUCUUUUAUUGCACCUCCUGAUAUCUACAAGUACCGUAUAAGUAUAAGUAUACUUUAUGAAUAAUUGAAAGAAAGGUG